CCCCUUUUGCGUGGGGAGUAGACAAAGCUCGCUCUUCUUCUACGUCUCCUCUUCCCCGGCCUCCACCUCUCGCUGUCUCUCUCUCUCCUUCCCUUUCACCCUAGCUAGCUGCACCUGCACCUUCCUGUUCCUCUUCCCCCCUCAUCUCUCUUGCCUCAGAUUUUCUUUUCUUUUUCUGCCUCUGAUAUUCACGGCGGCCAUAGAUCGAUUGUGCUCCGUUUCAAUCUUUAACUCCACUUGCAUUAUUGUUUCUCUUUUCCUAUUUCGAUCAGUCCCGGCCCGUUCUGUAUUAAUUUGAUCAUCAUCCCCGUUCCCGUUCCCGUUAUCUCUCUCCUCUCUGCUCUCUGUGCUCAGGAGGAUCGAAGAGGGAGAAAUCAUCAAGAACUUGCAUGCAUGGCUCAUGCUGAUGAACGCAUCUUAUAGGAAGUUUCGGCAGGUUGAUUUAGUCGUUCGAUCGGUAUGAGAAGCACACAAGCACAAACGCAGCUGGUUCCUCCAGGUUUUCGAUUCCACCCGACUGAUGAAGAGCUCGUGGACUACUACCUCAGGAAGAAGGUGGCCUCAAGAAUGAUCGAUCUGAACGUCAUCAAAGAUGUCGAUCUCUACAAGAUAGAGCCAUGGGAUCUCCAAGAGAAGUGCAGAUUGGGAGGACCUGGUGAGGAGGAGCAGAACGAGUGGUACUUCUUCAGCCACAAGGACAAGAAAUACCCGACCGGGACCCGGACGAACCGGGCCACCGCGGCAGGGUUUUGGAAGGCCACCGGCAGGGACAAGCCGAUCUACGCCAAUAAGCACCGGCAGCUGGUCGGCAUGAGGAAGACGCUGGUGUACUACAAGGGCAGGGCUCCCAAUGGCUACAAGUCUGACUGGAUCAUGCAUGAGUACCGCCUUGAAACCAAUGAGAAUGGCCCUCCGCAGGCAAAAGGAUGGGUAGUAUGUAGGGUGUUCAAAAAGCGGCUUCCAACAACAAGAAGAGAGUCAGACCAUGAUGCACCUUGCUGGUACGUUGAUGAAGAUGGACCCUUCAUGCAUGACCUUAACUCUCCCAUGAGCGGAAUGGCCCCACACCACAGCAUGGCACUGCAAGAACAACACCUCCAAAUGCUGAACAAUGCCUACAAGAGGGAACUGAAGCUGCAGUACCAAAUGCCGAGCCAUCACGUUCUCAACACCACUCCUCACGAGCUAGAAUGCCCUUCCUUCCAUUCUCUUUUGGUCUCACCAGACCACCAAACCAAUGUGCACCAUGACCACCAACAUGUUCAGCUCAUUGAGCAUGCAGUCGACCAAGUCACUGAUUGGAGAGUUCUGGACAAGUUUGUUGCAUCUCAACUUAGUCACGACGCAACAAAGGGUGUAGAUUAUACUGAUGAAGGAGACGUUCUUCAGGUCAAUGAGAAGCAAGCAGAGGUGGCCACUGAUUAUGCAUCGACAUCAACAUCCAGCAGCCAAGUUGAUCCGUGGAAGUGAUGAUGCAAUUAAUCAAACAUACUACCUCAUAUAUAAAUAUUAUCUUAAGAGCUACAACAAUGAUGAUUAUCUAUAUCAUAUCAAUUGGACAGAUAAGUAAUUUGAUCGACAUGAUGCCGUGUAAAUAAGACUAUAUUGUGAUGUGUAUUAUUGUGCUACUUACAUGCUUCAGAAUGUUGUACUAAAUAUAUACUUGAUCACUAUGUUUCUAUAUGAAAUAAGGUCACGGAGAACUUAGAAACUUCAUGAAUCAUUAUUUGUAAUAGGUGACACUCUUUCAAUUAUAUGAAAGUAAGAUGU